AUGAACCCCUCCACAUCAAAUGUGGGAAAGUCUGUCCCUGCUCCAUCGAAUUCUACAGCUAUUCAAGCUGGCCCAGCGACCUCAAGCUUCGAAUCAUCCCGUCGGCCAUCACAGGCUGGUUCCUCAUACUCGCAGUCGAUGCCUCGAAAAGUUCAAGGCUCCCGCAAACAACAUCGGAGUCAGCGUAGGCCUGGACUUGGCGACAGAUCAAAUACUGGUCCUGACGACGAAGAUGUCAUGGAUGACCUCAGAGCUUUCAGAAAUCCCAAUAGCAGGCGUGGUCAAACUUCAAUCACCCACCUUCUCAAUUACUCCAUGCCACGCCCGGUCCAGGAUCAUCAUUCACACUCAAGAUCUUAUAGAAGAACUCCAACAUGGGGACCUGGAUCAGGAUAUCACGCAAGCGACAAGGCUCGAUACGUCCAUGCCAACUACCGCUUCAUCCUUUCUCCAGAGGGUACAUACAAUAAACAAGCCACGGAUGCCGACACACACCUGGACUGGUCUCUUGUGAUGCAGAUUAUUGCUUCAAGCGAAUCACAGGGCUCGUCAUGCCCGAUUUGUCUUUCUGAGCCAGUGGCACCACGAAUGGCGAAAUGCGGGCAUAUCUUUUGCUUGCCCUGUCUUAUCCGGUUCAUGAACUCAGCGUCGAGCGAGGACGAUGCGAGGGGCCGAGGCCCUAAAUGGAAGAAGUGUCCUAUUUGCGAAGACUCGAUCUAUAUGCAAGACGUACGGCCUGUCAGGUUUUACGCAGGACAAGAAAGCCCCUUUCCUCGAAGUGGUGACGACGUUGUGCUACGAUUGAUGGCACGUAACGCAAGCUCUACGAUGGCGCUUCCGCGAGAGAGCGGUUCUGAAGCUCUAUAUUCUGUGGACGACAUUCCUUGGCAUUUUGCUGCGAACGUCCUGGACUAUGCUCGCAUGAUGAAAGGCACCACAGACUACAUGGCUGCCCAGUACGAUGAGGAGAUUGCCGCACUGACCCAGCAAGCAAAGGAAGAUGAGACGCUUUUUGGGCAGAACGAUGAAUGGUCUCAGAAGGCGAUCCGGGCUAUCACGGCCGCUAAGGAAAGGCUUGCGGAGCUUGAGGUUGUGGAUAGCCCAGGAAUGUCGGCAAAGCUCUCUGCAGACGCCGACUUUUAUUUUUACAGCUCCCCGCCGCAUCUGUACCUCUCGCCGCUGGAUAUCCGUAUCCUGAAAACGAAGUACGGAUCUUUUUCGUCUUUUCCUUCUACACUUCUCCCUCGCGUGGAGCACAUCUCUACUGGGCAUGUGGUUGACGAUGCAAUGCGCCGAAGGGCGAAAUAUCUGGGGCAUCUUCCUCGCGGAUGUGUUGUAAAUUUUAUAGAAUGCGAUUGGACUGAUAUUGUGCCAGAAGAAACGCUGGCAUCAUUCUCGGCUGAUAUCGAGCGGAGACGGAGACGUAACCGCGAUAAGGAGACGCAGGAGGAACGCGAGCGACUCCAGGCUGAGCGCCUUGAAGCUGCGAAUAUACGUAAGACCACAGGUUAUCAGAGGCUUCCCGAGCCGCCAGAGGAGGAUAACGUCCCCCGCAUGGAUCUUGAAGAGUUCCUGCCAUUGAGCGGUCACUCUGGCAGCACGCCUCCAGAUCCUCGGCCAGGAUUCGAGACAUUGGCCGAGAUGUCGACCAGCCCAUCAAACCAGAAGACCGUUUGGGGCACGAGAGUGAUCAAUGGGUCACCUGAGAUGGCAGCUGCCCAACCUUUAGACGUUCAUGACGGGUGGCUCAGAGAUGAGGACCUGUUCGACACGGCCGAUAUUGCGAUGCAAAUACAGGCCAUUGAAGCGGCCGAGAGCAGCGUUCGCCCGGAUAGUGUUGGCGGAGCAGGGCCAAGCAGCAGUGGUGGUGGCAAUGGUGGCGGCGGCAAGAAGAAAAAGAAACAGAAAAUCACGCUCAUGAGCACCGGGGGUCGGAGAGGUAACUAG